CAUUUAACUUGGCUGUGGAUGUUUUCCUGGAGUUUUAUCUGCAGCUUCAACAUGUUUCGUGUGUUUACAUCAAGGACACGUAGCUCUGCAAUGACUAGACUUGAAGUAGGACGAAACCUCAUUAAACGUUGUGUUGUCUCCUUUUUAAUGCCGGUCUUGGUCGUGUUGGCUGUGGUCGUAACUACGCUCCUUUUGACCGAGGGAGAGAAAAUUGGAUACGGUGAGAAGCUCUGCUACUUGGACAAACCUCUGAUUGUUGGUAAGUUCACUUCUUUCAAGUGUUGGUUUUUACAAAAAAUUUUAACACUUUUUUAACCUUUAUAUUAACUUCGCUUUUUUCUUGGCUGCUUGGUUGGGUAGUCGGCUGGCCAAUAUUUGGCACGACUAAUUUAACUCACUUCCAGUCAACCCAUGGGUUGAAAAUCGCCAUCUGGUGACGACAACCCAUUUAAAAAUUUUUUUAGCUCACCCGUCAAACCAAACCCUGAAAAAUCAGUUUUUCCCUUUUUUCCAAGGAGACCAUCAAGGAAAUAGAACAUUGAUUUCACCAACUAAAAGUACCUGCAAUGGCACCAAAAGUGAUUCCCUAUCCUUUAUAUAAUAAACAACACCUAAAACCAUAGUUUUUCAUGUUAAUCCUUUAUAAAAUAUAAUGUCGAGCAAUGUGGGUGAAGGUAAAAAUUUGACAAAACAUGCGAUCAAUUCAGUCGCUUUAUAAGAAUUCCAAUCAGUUCUCCCCUCCAGGCGCCAAUUAGUACCCCUCCCCAGGCGCCACUUAAUUACAUUAAUAUUCUAAGGACCCACAAGCUUUAAGAUCGCAGAUUUUCAGCCCAUCGCUCGAUAUUAUAUUUUAUAAAGCAUUUAAACGAAAAACUUUGUUUUAUGGUUUGUUCAAUUCAUUUUAGGAAUAAGCGACAAUCUUUAAGAAAGUGUUUAAGCUGCUUGUUAAGAUUUUGAAUUCAUCAGUGUCCAGUUAGAAUACUUACUCCUAUCUUAGGACUCGCAGUGUUAGGACCGAUGACUCUUGUCGUUGGAAGCAACGUGGUGUUCUUCACACUGACUGUCUUAAACAUUGAGAGCAUUCGUCAUCUACAACAUCACGUGACGUCGUCCGACACAAGGAAUUUGUUGGUGUACGUCAAGCUGUCAUCACUGACAGGAGCUUUCUGGACAAUGGCAGUGGUCGCAGAAGUAACCGAUAUGGAUUUUCUGCGGUAUCUAAUUUUGAUUAUAUCAUUUUUUACAUCAUUCAUUGAAUUUUAUAUAAUUGAUACAGUAAGUUUUAUAUAAUUGAUACAUUAAGUUUUAUACAAUUGAUACAUUAAGUUUUAUAUAAUUGAUGCAUUAAGUUUUAUAAAAUUGAUGCAUUAAGUUUUAUAUAAUUGAUAUAUUAAAUUUUAUAUAAUUCAUGCAUUAAGUUUUAUAUAAUUGAUACAUUAAGUUUUAUAUAAUUGAUAAAUUAAGUUUUAUAUACUUGAUGCAUUAAGUUUUAUAAAAUUGAUGCAUUAAGUUUUAUAAGUUGAUGCAUUAAGUUUUAUAAAAUUGAUGCAUUAAGUUUUAUAUAAUUGAUGCAUUAAGUUUUAUAUAAUUGAUGCAUUAAGUUUUAUAUAAUUGAUACAUUAAGUUAUCCCGUCGCAAAAGUUUUGAUGUCCCACAUCCAAUGUAUCUUUAAAAUGAUUAAUCCCCAAUAAGUCGCCAUUAAAGGCAAUAUCCAUAUAGCUCACAAUGAUAAAUGUACAUGUUAAAUCUUAGCUUCAAUUAUAAAUCUGUAUUUCAGGUUUGUUUCUAUCUGUCUCAAUGGACUUCAGGGUGUUUUCAUCUUUCUCUCCUUCAUUUGCAACAAGAAAAUCAUUACGCUAUACGCUAUGGCUUUUGCUAAGAGUACCAGGGAAUCGACAGAGUACACUGAUCCUAGAUGUUGGGACUGA